CUCAAGGCCUGCACGACUUGCAAAUCCGUCCACUAUUGCUCUAGAGAGUGCACAAAAGCACACUACAAGGUUCACAAGAAGGAGUGUGCAAAAUUGGCUCAGGAGUACUCGAAGACUGCGGUAUUCAAGCCUGCGGUGAGGAGCUCAGCGCCCAAGGAGGGUCAUAAGGGUGGUUUGCAGAAGUGGCAGUUUGACACUUAG